UGAUUUUACCCUUACUGGAGAAGAGACGGUACAUCAUAUGGAUGAUGAGACAACACUGUUGGAGGAGGAGGAACUAGCAAAAGCAGAUUCUAGCAAUCCCAUAGAUGAGGUAAUGGGAUACUCAAUUUGGCAUAUAUAUAUAUGUAUCAAUUUCCUGAGUUUAUGGUUAAAAUUUCUUCAGCUGUUUGCAUCAACACUUUGGCUGUAGAAGUUUCUUGUCCUAUUUCUAUGCUGUUAAACAUUGCAGCUCUUAUGCAAAUUGCCUUACUGCAAAAGAAGAGUGAAAUUCCUGUGGAAGAAUUGCUUCGAAGGUAUAAAGAGGACUUCAGUGCUGAUGGUGCGUCCGGAGAUGAAUCAGACUAUGCCUCAGCUUUUUCAGAGGACAUCUUGGAUUCUUCAACAAUGCAUCAAAAUCUUGAAGCAAAGAAGGAGGGUGUUUCUAAGGAUGAAAAUCCUGAAUCCAGUGCUCCCCAGGGAGUUGAACAUCCUCCCGCAGAAAAGGAGGCAGCAAGCCCUGAUAGAAAGUCAGAAGAUGGAAUCAAAAGUGAGAAUAGAAUUGCUGAUACUGCUGUUGCUGCGAGAUCAGCACAACCAACAGGCAAUACAUUCUUAACUACUACUGUUCGUACAAAUUUCCCUUUUCUUUUCAAACACCCCCUUCGCGAAUAUCAGCAUAUUGGAUUGGACAGGCUUCUUACUAUGUAUGAGAAAGGGUUAAAUGGACUAUUAGCUGAUGAAAUGGGGCUUGGAAAGACAAUCAUGACAAUUGCUCUUCUUGCACAUCUAGCUUGUGAAAAGGGAAUAUGGGGUCCUCCUCUCAUUGUGGUUCUUACAAGUGUCAUGCUCAAUUGGGAAACUGAGUUUCUUCGAUGGUGUCCUGCCUUCAAAAUUCGAACAUACUUUGGAAGUGCCAAAGAGCGCAAAUUGAAGAGGCAAGCCUGGUUGAAACCAAAACCUCAUUCCAUGUAUGCAUAACUACUUACAGACUGGAUAAAAAAAAUGGGUGCCAGGCUCGAGCUUAGGAUUUUUUCCCGGGCUCGGCUUGGACAAAUUUUUAGGCUUAUAUUUUGAGCUGGACCGGGCCCAAGCCUAGAAAAUAGGCCUAAAAUUUUUUGAGCCUGGCCCGAACCCGGCCCAUUAUCACCUCUAUAUACU